GCUGUUCGUUUGUUAUAUUAUGUUAUCUCGGUUUACAACAGUGUUAUUUCUGUAAUAAUUCCAUAGCUCCAUCAGUCACUAACUACUAAUUUAAACGUCUGAAAUAAGCUAUGGAGAUUUACAAAUCUCAGUAGAGGCGAACAGAGCAUGAUCAUCCUUUUCUCCAGUGUAUCUCGGUAAAUGGUACUACUCCUACUGUGUUCAUUGAUGUGCAUGUUACAAUGAGCUGGGCUGCGGAGGACUGGACCUUAGGGCUUUCUGGCCUGGUCCUGAAGAAAGUUCAGGAGCUUCAAGUGUACAAUGAGAAACUGAUUCGAGAGAAACAGCAGAGACAGCUUCAGCUGGACAACUCAGAAGCUGCACUACACAAACAGAAGAAAAAGUAUGAGGAGGCACGAGCAGAACUGGGAGCAGUUCAGAGGGAGCUGGUAGGAGUACGAGAGCAGGUCCAGGGAGAAGCACGAGCAAGAGAUCGCCUGACUCAGGAGCUGCAGGCCAAAGUGGCUCAGGGGUGCACUCUAGAGGGCCAGCUGGACUCGACAAGAAAACAGGUGCAGAACCUCAGUCAGGAGGUUAAACGGCUUGAGGCAGAGUUGGAAAAGCUGCAAAAGGAGAGAGUCUCUGGGGACUCCGUGUUGUUUUCCACACCCUGCUGGAACAUGAACUCACCCUGGGACCAGAGCGGUAAGAGCAGUCUCAGAGGAGAGGACGUUAGCAAAGUCCGACAACAACUCAUUUUUGGAGAUAGCACCACGAUUUCAGGGAACGCUGUUUCAUCUCCGUUUCCUCAGCAACUACACACAACAUCGCCACCCAUCAGGCGCAAAGUUAGCCAAUCUGAGGCUCGUCCCAAAUCUUCUGUGUUUCCGUGGGAACGGGAUGACACAAGGUCCGCUCCCAGGGGUAAAGCAGCAUCCACCCACAUAUCCUCCACCUUCACAUGCAGUGAGGUCAUCACUGACACUGGUGCCCGGGAUGAUGGGAUUGAGGAAGCGCUGAGGAAAGAGAUAGAUGGGCUGCGUGUACGUGUCUCUGGGAUGACACAGGAGCUGCAGCUGGAAAAAGAGCGCUGCAGGGAGUCCGAGUCCCGUCUUGUUCAAGCUCAGAAAGAUCUCAACUUGAACGAGCAGAAUCUGACACGCUCCAGAGAUGAGUUAGCCCGUGCACACACGCGCAUCGCACAGGAGGGGGACAGGACUCAGUCAGCCGAACAGCGGGUGAAGCAGCUACAGGAGGAGCUGAAGUGUCAGAGGCAGAAUGCAGAGACCAGCCGCUGCAAUGCCGAGCAGCGCAGGAAAGAAAUGGAGAGAGAGCAUCAGAGAGAGCUGUUGGAGCUGCAAAGAGAGAGGCAGUCUAUGGAGAAGCAGCAUCAACAGGAGACUAACAAACUCAACCAAGAUAUCCAGCAAGCCAGGACACAACACAACACACUACAGUCGCAAUACGAUAAACUGGCUCUUCAGAAGCAAGCUCUAGAGAGGGACUUGGAGGAAGUGCAGGGCAAGCUAAAGAGCACACAGAGUGAUCUAACAGAGAGCCAAAAGCGAGAGACUCGUACACAGGCAAAACUCACGGAGUCACUAAAGGAAAAUGAAGGACUGAGCGUUUCAGUGGAACAGUUGAAGAAGAAAGGCCAAAGCCUGGAGGCAGAGGUGAAGAGACUUACUGAGGAGUUAGCUGAAGCACUGAAACUCAUUAAAGAGCUACAAGCACAACUUGCAGCUCCUCCUCCACAAGUGGUCUCUCGUCCUGUUGCUGGGGACAGUUUCAGUUCUGUUCUGUCCACUUAUUCCAGUUAUUCUCCACCUCACCAACAGUCAACCCAGAGAAAGAGAACACUAAAAACUGAGAAACCAAAAAUAUCAGACAGGCCAGGGCUCAUAACCUAUCCUUCUGAGAGGGAACCUGGUGAGGGGAUUGACUCGGAACGUAUCAGCGAGUUUGGCUCUGAGGUCUCCCCCAUAGUGAGCAUCCAAGAAGGGAAUUGGUGUAGAGCAGAAAGGUCUAGUGAGGCAGAGAUAGAGAGUUCCAUUACCGAACAAGACACAGGAAUAGAAGAUACAGACACAGACUCCUGCAUGUCUGAUUCAAUCAGUGAGCGGAUUUUUAAAGAUGAUAUCCCCUGUGAUCCAGGAAACCAAAAGUCAAGCUCUUCAAAUCAGGGACAGAAACAGGACUCAUCUUCUAUUGUGGCUUUAAAGAAGGAGAAUUCAGCUCUCCGGGAUGAGCUCAGGGACAUUAAGCGGGAGUUAGAUCAACGUCUGGAUGACCUUGAGUCUCAAAGGCGGGCAGAAGCUGAGGCAAGAACCAAACUGAAGCAACUAAGCAAAAAGCACUCAAGUCAGGCAGAGCAACAUCGCACGAAAGCCCAGGAGCUUAAAGAGAAAGAAAGCAAACUGGAGGCACAGCUGGAACAAGAGAGGAAGGAGAGUGCAAGACUCAGGGAAGUGGUUACCACUUUGGAGAAGGAGGCUGAAGAAAAAAAAGUGGAAGGUGAGAGACGAGGGGAAGAAGCUAAAGAGGAGACCGUCAAACUGAAAGAGGCCUUGGCUCAAAUGGAACAAAAGGAGGAACAUCUUGAACAAGAGCUGGAAAAAAUGCGCAAGGAGCUAGAGGUGCUUCAUUCUGAGCUUUUGCAUGAACGUGAGGAGAGGGAGAGGGAGCGAGAGGAGGAGGAGAAGAAACUACGAAAUACUUAUGAAGUGGAAGGACUAAAGAUUGCAAAACUUCAAGCGGAGUUGGACCAUCUACAAAGUUCUGUCACAGUGGAGGACAAAAAUGUAAAGACUAAUAUGCCUUUAACCUAUCUGCAGCUUGGAAACCAACCAAACACCACAGAUGAUGGUACAGUAUUAGAAAAUGAGCUACCAUCAUUUUUCAGUGAUAAAAUUUUAUUUUGUGAGUCAGUGAACCUUCAGAACGCCAUGUUCUCCAAGGAACCAGAAUCAGCCCGGAUUACAGAAUGUGGAACUGGGACAAUACCUGGGGAACACUCUUCAGUAGAACAGGACUGCACUUCACCAGGGAAUCUGGAGGAUCACGCAAAGACCACAGAAGGGAUGAACUUGGACAACACUACAAUUUUGAUUUUGGAGGUGGAACGUAUGCGAGUACAGAGAGACAGGGAAGCGGAUAGAGCGAAAAAGUUGCAAAAGAAAUUGGAGGCCCUUCAUCACCAGGUGACUAGUCAGACCCAGCAGCUAACACUAGCAUUUGAGAAUCAGAGCAAACACAUUGAAGGCCUUUUAAGGGAACUACAACAAAGAGACAGUGCCCUCCAGAGGCAAGGAGAGGAACUGCAGAGGUGUCAGAAGGAGCUUGCCUCUGUCAAGGCAGAUAAACGGAUGACUGAGAUGGUCAACAGCAUGACCUCAGGUGUUGAGAUAUCUGCUGAAGUUUUAGGAGAGCCAUCUUGUGAUUUGGCUAUUAGCACUACUACUCUAAAUGCCCAUGAAGUGGAUGAACACGAAUCUUUUCAGACUGUGAAUAACAAAGCACUACAAUCUGGUGAGCAGUCCAUUACACAUGUUGAAGUUGGAGAUAAUCAGCAUGGUAAUGUCUCCGCUGCUUCAGAUACUACAAUUAGGAGUCCUGUGACCUUGACCACUACAGAACAUGUGACGCCAACAUCCCCAGAUGUUCAUAGAAGAGGUUCUGUCCACUAUACUGAAAAUAUUCUUGCAGAGGAACUACCUGAAGUACUUACUGCUGCUCAACAAGACAAUGGCCCUGCAAUUGAGAAUAAUACAGAGAAAACACUAAGCUCUGUUGAAUCCAGUUUCACAGAAACUAAAGAACUACCUGAAUAUUUACAAAAGCUUCUGGAACAUACCACAGAUAAAACAAGCACCCUAAAAAUGGUAAUAAACAGACUGCAUGAAGCACAGAAUGAGCUGUGUGAGCUGAAGGCCAAACAUGACCAACUGACUUUGCAGCUGCAGGAAGUGUCAAAACAGGAUGUCCUGUCCUUCCUGCAAGAACACGAACAACUGGAAUUAAAACUAAUUAAGCAACUUGACGGUGAACCAUGUUUUUCAGAAUCACAUUUAAAACAAGAUGAGUCUAAUGAUUUGAAAAACACAAAGGAAGAGAGUGUGUCAGUUACAGAUCGGGAGGAGAAGGUUGUAGUUGGUGGAGGUUUUGUCGACGGUGAGCCAAAAUAUGGAAAUGAACACGAGCAGAGUGAAAAUGAGACAUGCACCUCAUCAACACAUGUUCACACUCUUCAUGAACAGCUGCAGGCUUUGCAGAGUGAACUUCAGCUUCUUUCUGAGAAGAACAGAGACCAAGCUGAAGAGCUGCAGCUUUGGAGACUGUCUGCCUCGACCCCUGAGGAGACCCUGGAUCAGAAAAGCAACAGCCGCCCUAUCGUCCUAGUGCGAGAGGAACAGCUAGUCCUCUCAUGCAGCAGUUCAGCACUACAACGCCACACCAAGCAAAGCAGUAGCAUGGUGCAACAUGGAGGACUUUUCCAGCCCAUGGGUUAUUCUGAACCAGCUAAUGCAGUCCACCAAAGAGAUCAUCAGACCUCAUCAGACAAGAGCACAGAGGACUUGCCACCAAUUAUCACGGCAACAGAAUUGAUUGCUGAUGACAACAGUUUAAUAAAUGAUCACCCAAAAUCAGAGAUUAAAACCAUGAGUGCAUUUAUAGACUUGUCUUCUGAAAUGGAAAAUUAUCCCAAGAUCGAUGCAGCUUAUCAGAACGAUAGUAACGAUCAGAACAAACAAAUGGGACAGUGCAGGGAUCAGCUACCUGGAAACCAGACAUGUGAAAUCACUUUCAGCCCAGAAAGCAGAGAAGAUGGUUUAGCAGAAAAUAGAAUACAGACCAAAGUUAUAGAUCCCAAGCAUGAUACAGAAUCAGCAGAGAGGAAAGAUUAUUAUAUGUCUAGUCUGGUGCAGGAUGAUGGAGUGAUUUCCACACACAGUGGUAAAGCUCAAAGAAACACAACAAAGCAAGAACAUGAACCCUCUCCAGCUCGAGGCAGUCAAACUACUAACUUUGUUCUAAGAGAGAAUAAUGCUGUGGACCAGCAAGAAAUUUCAGAGGUAACUGGUAGUAUAGACAAAGCAGGUGCUAAAGAAGUUAAGAGUGUGUGCACUCAGACAGAAGAGUGCAACAGAGAGGUUGUCACGGACUUUGGAGGCCCCCAGCAGAGACCAGUUGUCCUACAUGCCACCACCCAGACCCAUGGAGAACAGACUAUGCAGCCUGAGAAAGACGAGGAACAGAGUGAUGAAUCACCUCCCUUCUCUCCUACCCUUGCAUCAGAGACCGAAAAGCUCCUGCUUUCCGGCUCGUUCCCUAUCCCAGCCAAUCCAGCUCACCUGGCCGAGAGAAUUAGGCGCAACCGUAGUCGCAUGUCUGCAGCAUAUGAUGAGACAGAAUAUGAACCCUACGGCCUUCCUGAGGUUGUCAUGAAAGGAUUUGCUGAUAUUCCCAGUGGUCCUGCUUGUCCGUAUGUCUUGCGCAGAGGGCUUCUGGGAACAGAUGCCUUACCCAUCUCAAUCAGAGAGCCUCCAGUCUCAGAGGCCGAUGAAGAAAUUGACCCAUAGCAAUCUCAUACAAUGUGCUCAAGGUUUGCAAGGAACAUUUGAAGCUGCCUGUUUCAUCUUGACCAUGAGUGGCCUCUACUCAAUAAAGGGACCUCUUGAAGUCUUAUUUCAGUCUUCUGGAGCACAAACAUGUCCUCACAGAUUGUGUUUACAUCGCUUUCACUAUCUGUAAAGCAAUUCUUUUGAAAGGGAUGUAUUUACAUUGUCUUGUAAUGCAUGCUAGAUUUAGUUUGCAACACUUGAACUUUGAGAAUGUCCUUUAUAUUUUUUUCUGUAGAUUUUUGUGUUUUUGCACUGCCAUAGAUUAUUGUUUGUUGUAAAUGUGGUACGGUAAGGGCUUCAGGAACCCGUGUGUGAGGGGAAAGUGUAUGACUCAGACCAACCGGCGCCUGUUUCCGCUCCAUUUAUGGUGAUCUGUGAAGUGUGUGCAUGCACUCACUAUGCAGUGCAUGGUUGAUUUUAGUUCAGCUAGAGAUUUGUACAAUUCCUUUCCUAUAGGAAAAGUUUAGAAUUUUCUUUUUAAUUAGAUUAAUAUAUUUAAAUAAUUUUUCUCAGUUUUUGUAAUGUACAUUUUUGUGUUUUAUAUGUCAAGUUAACAGAGCCUUUGUAAUGCUGAUGCUUGUAUUGAUAUUUAGUUCUGUUUAUUUGGGACAUUCCGAAAGAUGAUUUUCUAAUGUGUACACUCUGUUUGAAGGAUUUGUUACUAUUUUUUGGGUUUCUCUCUCUCGCUACUGAUUUGAGUUUUUGGUCAGUCCUAUUAAAGCUUGAAAUGUGGCCUUAAAAGUGCAAUUUGUAUAAUGUAUCUUUUAUGUAUAAUGUAAUCUUUAUUUGCAUUGCAGCUGUGAAAUUCAUGCAGGGGAAAUCUCUUGUCUUGUAGAAGUCAUGUGUAUUUGGGGGAUAAACUCAAUGCUAAAGAAACCAAACAUUACUUUGCUUUUGGGGCCGUGGAUCCAGGUCCUUUAUGUAGACAUUUCUUUUUCACACUGAUGUGUAAGUAAUGUCAGUUAUUUUAUGUAUGAGGAAUAAAUACAUACCAUCUUUGA